CCCCCGGCGGCGUACAAAGUCAAGCACGUUCCUUUCAACAACUCUCGCAACUUUCACAACGUGGUCUUCCCGACCGACCCAGAGUUUGCCACGUUCGAGACAAGCUCGUCGGCGGAGUUCACUAACCGUUUCCGUGGCAAGCGUCGUGAAGACCCUCCACCAUCGUACAACAUUCCCCUGGAUUACGGAUACGAUCAUGGCCAUAGCGUCACGCGAUAUGACUUUCCAGAGCCGGCGUCACAGCGUAUGAAACUGAACGAAGAAACCUACACAGGGCUGUCCAAAUCUCACUGGAAGGAUCAAGAUGAGCCCGGUCAUCCGGAUAUCGUCGCCGAAAGCUUCACACGUCAGAGUCAUCGCCCUCAGUCAGGUCGUCAUAGAGACAGACCGGAUACGGGUAAAGUACAUCGUAGCAACCUACCCAUGGAACCAGCCAGGGAGCAGUUCCAGCAUGCUGUCCCUGCCACUCUGGUGUAGCUCACACACUUUCGAUCACGACCGCCGGAAGCAGUUUGUGAUUGGUCCGGUUUUGUCGUGGCCGUUCAUACUCUGUGUAUGAUAUGGCGGGUGCACAUGCCCUCUGGCCGUUCAUACUGUGUAUGACAUGCCGUGUACUAGUACACAUGCCCUCUGGCCGUUAAUACUGUGUGUAUGACAUGACGUGUACUAGUACACAUCAUAUCCCUCCACAGUAGGAAACACAUGUUGGUGGCUGAAAAGUUGGUCCGGUGUCAACCUGACCAACCGGACCGGUUCCGACGGGUCUGUCAAUACACCGUUGCUACAAGUACAGUGCAUGGUAGGCAAUCCUAGACUAUAACCAUAGUUACCGUUUUAGCUUAGUGCCAUGAUGUCAUACACUUCUAUGUGAUGAUGUCAUGGUUUCAUUGAUGAUGUAAUCACCAUCAUACAUGAUGCCUGUGCAUACACAGGCUGACGGUUUCAGUACUGCAUGCGCAGUCAUGUUCCUACUAGUGUGUGCGUGUGUCAAUGUGCCACCAAGGACAGACUCAGUGAAGUCAUGACAUGCCGCAUGCCAGUAGGGUAGACUUUCACCAUGAUGUAAUCCAUGAUGUAAUAGAUUACGUCAUUGCUGAAAACCGUCGCCAUGGAAUGUGUCAUGGAGACCGUGGCACUGACUGACGCACAUUACAGCACAGUACAAUUGCUGUGGUGUGCAGUAAUUGUGCCGUUGCCAGGAUGUAAUUGAUGACAUCAUUAAGCACAUACACUAGCAGCAGUAGAAGCAAGAUAACUGCCGGCGGACAUUGUCGUCGUCAAUUCCUGGCAAACAUCUUCCUAGAUUUUCUAUCCAUUGACCACUACGUUGAGAACAUUUCUAUUUUGACCCUUUAAUAACACUGGCAUAACAUACAGCUGGUGUGAUGUUGCUUUGCCAGCACUGACUUUAGAUUGCCGACAAACUGUUAGAGUGAUACAUGAUUAUUAGUUGGUGUCUAUACUUGAUCAGUGCUGGCUGCACCGGUAGAUUUGAAUGCGCUUCAAAGUUUAGUAUGACGAGAGAGUGAACAAUAGUUUUAAUGAGCACAGAAGCUACUGUUGUCACAAAAAAUGUAUUCUAUAGCCAGACCGUACUGAUUAAUUGCUGACACAUGUAUGACAAAUGUUGAUGAAUUUCCUAUGCCUAAUCUCCUGAUAUCACUAUUUUUGAUACUUUCGUUGAACUGACAAAUUAUAAAUUAAUUGAAUGGGCAAUCUGUCCAAGCA